AUGGCAGCCAUUGUACGGAUCACGGCAUCAGAGACAUUCCACGGAAAGCAGGCCACCAUUGUCAGGCAUAGAGAGGUAGCGAAGUUAGAGAGGGAAUCCGAGCCAGAGACGACAGAUAGUCUAAUCCGACGCCGUGCAAAGCUACUCGGAGAUACUCCUCUGAUGUACUACCUUCAUUCCGGUAUUGAAUAUGUCGGCUAUAGCAUCCGACAGUUGGACGUGUUUGCCUACAGAGUAGCGCAGAAACUUUGUUCGAGACUUCCGGCACGAACUUCAUCUUCACAAAAGCCUAUCGUGGUGUCGAUCCUGGGACCGUCCGAUCUCAAUUACCUCGUUAUGUUUUGGGGUUUGUCUAAACUGGGUCACUCGGUACUUUUUCUAUCGACUCGUAUCUCCCUGGAAGCUUAUGUAUCCCUGCUUGAGAGAGCAGAAUCGAAGUGUAUCGUUAUAGAUAAGGAAUAUCAGAACACAGCCGACGAUUUGAGUGGGAGAACCCCUGGCUUCCAGGUUGAUUACAUUGCUCAAGAAGACUGGUACAAUUUCCCGAUCGAAGACGACGAGCAAAUUGAUACAAAUCUGACUCCUACCCUAGACCCAGUGCAAGAAGCAAAAUAUGUAUUUUACGGCGCUCCCUAUGCCCUGAAAAUCCUUGCAGAGACAGAAGAAGGUAUUCAAGCCUUAGCAAGGUUCAAGCUUGUUUUAUUCAGUGGCUCUCCAUGUCCAGACUCUCUUGGGGACAAGCUAGUUGCAAAUGGUGUACAUCUUAUUAGCCAAUAUGGCUCAACCGAAACGGGCCAUUUGAUGACUUCCGAAAGACCCCGAGAGGAUAAGUUAUGGGACUCUGUGCGGCCCUCUGAAGCUUUAAAGCCUUUUCUUCGGUUUGAGGAAAAAAGCCCUGGCUUGUACGAGUCAGUUGUCCUUGACGGCUGGCCGUCAAAAGUGACGUCGAAUAGGCCUGACGGUUCUUAUGCUACAGAGGACCUCUUCACAAAACACCCUGAUCUUGAGGGGUACAAAUAUUGUGCCCGUCUAGACGAUAUAACCAUGUUGGUGAAUGGAAAGAAAGUAAUCCCCCUUGCUCUUGAAGGCUCAGUAAGACAAGACCCUGCCGUUGCAGAGGUGGUCGUUUUUGGCGCACAGAGAGACAGUAUCGGUAUGAUUGUGAUACUCACGGAAGACGGCGCGGCUCUCUCCAGAGACCAACUUAAUGAUCAAAUUUGGCCUCGUGUAGAGAAGGCACAAACUGAAAUGUCGGCCUUUGGACAGCUCUCUCGAGAGAUGGUUGUUCUUCUUCCACCAGAUACCCAAUAUCCGCGAACUGAUAAGGGCACGGUGAUCAGGCAAGCAGUUUACCGCACUUUUGCUGAUCUAAUUAAGAACACCUACAAUGAUCAGGCUACGGGUGAGCUUUUAUGUCUCACGGAGCCGGAACUUAAGGAAUUCCUGCAGGAACAACUCCAAAUUAUCUUGUCUUCCAGAGCACGUAGUCUGUUGAAUGAGGAUGCAGAUUUCUUUAACAUUGGCAUGGACUCAUUACAGACAACACAACUACGCUCAAUCAUAAUUCGUCGAAUUGAUAGAGGCGGAAAAGAGCUUGGACUGAAUCUAGCAUUCGACCACCCUAGCAUCAAUGUGUUAGCCAAGUACUUGCUAUCGCUAAGAUCUGGAGUAUCAGGCGACAGCCAAUCUGUUGAAGAUGGCAUGAAAAUUCUGAUUGAGAAAUACUCUGUUUUCCAACAACACGAACCACUGCCAAAUGGCUUGCAUGGGCGUUGCGUUGUCCUUACAGUCGCUUCUGGAUCCCUUGGAUCCCACACCGCGGCCAAAUUGGCACUCCGAACUUAA